AUGCCAGCUGUUACAGCGCCAAACGCAUUAAAUCGACCCCACAAAGGGAACCAGUUUAAUGAUGAUAAGUCCCCACCACAUCAACCAACACUGAACGGAACUCCGCAACUAAUCGGGAGCAUACAACGAACUCGACGACGGCGAGCACUUCAAAACAAGAUAGAUGAGGCUCGCAAUCGUCAUCAAGAAUGGGUGACACAAAAGGCACAACAAAUACGGGCACAAAGAACAGAUGCUGCAAAGUGGGUGGAACAGGAGCGGGAGCGGCGGGCAAAGGAGGCCGAGGAGGUGAAACGGCAGGCGGAGGAGGAGCUUCGGGCCCUGCAGAAGGAGCGCGAGGAGGAGGAGCGGCGGCGGGCAGAACUUGCCAAGCAGAAUCGUGAGGAGUCGAGGGCACGCAGGGAGGAAGUCCUGAGGAAGCAAGUUGAUGAGAAGAAGAAGAAGACGGAGGAAUUGCGCGCGGAGACCGAGAGGCUGCUGUUGGAAGCCCGCAGUGCCGAUGAGGAGAGGAGGAAGGCCCUCGCGGAGAAGGUGAAGGCUGAGAAGGAAGAAGGCUCCAAGUGGGUGGAGCAGGAGCGGGAGCGGCGGGCAAAGGAGGCCGAGGAGGUGAAACGGCAGGCGGAGGAGGAGCUUCGGGCCCUGCAGAAGGAGCGCGAGGAGGAGGAGCGGCGGCGGGCAGAACUUGCCAAGCGGAGUCGU